AUGACCAGCUCCCAAACUGCUGAAGAACCAUUGACAACUCCACACCUAGAAGAACCACAAGAACAACAAAACAUCUCAGAAAAGCAUUCACCUGUUGAUCAAUGCACUUCAGAUUCGAAAACCCCUCCGACUCUUGAUGUUGAAGAAGGCCUUCCUACCCACCCAAAAAAUGACAGGAACGAGGGAGCUCGGUGCUGCGAUCUACUGGCCCAGUUAAGAUGUGCUACUCACUUGGUCCACGACUCAGAGGCUUUGACUUCACUACAACUUAAAUUAGUCCAAGCACUAUCUGAAGUUAGAUGAGGAUGGCAUAGACCUGGAAGUUCCAGCUGAAAAAAAGCCCUUUAAAAGUAAACAUGCCAUCAGUAAAGAUCAAUUCUGCGAUUUACCCCAACCUCCAAAAAGGGCCAAAUAUGUUGGACGACAUGGUAAAAAGACAAGUGAAAACAAAACGCUUAUUGGGAUCAAAACUGGUGUCAAGCAAUUGAAAAAAACCAAAACAUCACCAUCAUCAGUGAAAAGAUCAACUGAAGUCAACAUCACCAAACUAACACCAGCAGAAAAACAACAACCAAACCUUUCCUUAGGUAGC